GGAGGAGCUGCCAAGACUGUGCUGGCUGACAGUGUCAACAGUGCAACGCGAGGCUGGACGUUGAACUCUGGAGAGGUGCUGGCAAAAUCCCUGCCCAGGAAGAAGGGCCCUCCUCAUUCGCCUCUCCCUGUCUCCUGAGGCGAGACCCGGCAGAGGUCCGCGCUCGCCUGUUGGAGCUCCACCUGUUGUCGGGCUCAGUUGCGAAGGGAACUUCUGCGGCCUGUUUCGGGGGGAUACAGGGGAAGGAAGGCUUCGAAAGCGUCCCCGCCUUUCUCCCUCAGCGCGAUGCCCGUGGCGGGCUCUCUGAGGGCCAAAUUCCGCCGGCGGCGCAACCCCGCGGAGGACAAGGUCUCCAUCCUUGCAGAGGAGGAACGGCGGGAAGUGGAAACCCCGACGGCUGCCGAAGGCCAGCCUGAAGAAGAGGAGUUGUCUGGCUGCGCCUCCAAAACAGUGGCCUUUGCCGCCCUCCCGGACAACUACCAGCCUCUCGCUUGGGACGGCGAGCAGCAGCCGCCGCCGCCAAGGAAAACGGAGCGCGCAAGUAAGGCGCGCAAGAGGAGACUUAAGAAAUACGGCAAGAAUGUGGGCAAAGUGUUGCAGAAAGGAUGCAGCUAUCUGAUCCUUGGCCUGCAGGGUUUGGCCAGAGCCUACACUUCACCAUUUGGCUUGGCUGUUUCGAUGAGUACAUCAGUGCGAUAGAUCUGACUACUUUUUGAGGAGGACAAGGAUGACGAAGACAACAAUGACAUCAACACAACUGAGGAGGACAGCAAUUUCUUCUUUGCUUAUAUAUGCUUCAUCUUCUGUAAAUGCCCCCAAAGGAAGAAGGAGGAAAAUGGAUCCAGUUUUGCAUUUUUUGUAAAAAACAUUUAGCUGUUUUUAUGAUUGUCUAAGUGCUUUAAUACCAAUCAAUUAAAACGAAUAAGUAAUGCCAAAAGUAUAAAACUAAUUAACUGGGUCUGAUUUAAACAUAUAUAAACCCCCUUGGGAUUCAGUCCAUUCAAAAAAUAAUGAAAAAAGGAAAAGAUAAAGGAUGAUAGGAGGGAGAGAAGGCAAAAGGACAGAAGUUAAGGAAACAGAAGAGAAGUAAUUGCUUUUUUGACAAGACCACAUUGCCAUCAAAAUGCUGGCCGAUGAUCUGACAUACAAGCACUACAAGCUUCUCCAAAAUGUCAUGCUAGGAAAGAUUGUAAUAGCAUAGCAUCUGUAUGUUUAGCCAGAGGAGUAUUGUGAGAAGCAGACCAACUGAGAAGAGUUGAAGAAGAAUGUGGACUCCAAAAGAGAAACUAAUUGCUCCCCCCAAAAAUAUUAAGAAAGAUAUGGUUCGUGAAUCUUUCAUAUAGUACCAAAUAUAGGCUUAAACUCUCCUUAUGAAGUACAGAAAUUUGCAGUUUCACUGUCUGGAAUAAACUGUCACCCAUGUAUUCUUUUAAAAAAUCAAGUAGGGUAGUGAGGAGGAAGACUGAGGAAAGAUUGUGUAGCAGAGACUAAGGGAGCAAAUCGGGAGAAUGGUACUGAAAGAUCAGAAUGUGGAGUCCUUCAGUGUGUGUCUGGUCUAUAGUCCCCUCAACUCUAGCAGUUUCAGAGUCCACAUGAAUUGAGAAGAGAUACUGUAGACUGUGGGUUCGGUUUUCACCAUUCAGCAGAGAUUCUGGGCAAACUACUUUUUUAUAGGGGACAUAGACGGGCAUUUUUUUUUCUAAAGCAGCUUCUAUUCUUAUUGCUUUAACGUAGUGGUGAAAGGUAUGCUUACCCUUCUAGGCAACUCAUGCCUUUAUUAUUUCUCAUUUGUAUGUCUGUAAGAUGCUCCUCUUGAGAAUUCUGGGAGUGGAAGUCCCCUCAUCUUAAAGUUGCUAAAGUUGAGAGACGCUAAGCUAUUGGAAUAGAUUGCAUUUCUCUAGACCUUCUAGUGAUGAUAUAAGAGACUCAACAGGCCAGCACUGAAUCACCAGUCCAAAGUAAUUACGCUGUUUGGAAAUCUACUUACAGAAGAUCUAAGGCAUAGUUUCUAAGCGAAGGGGGAGAAAGCUUCUCUCUGUAGAGACUUCAAUUCACCCCAAAUUUCCAAGGAAAUGUCAAAUGUAUAUGCAUGCCAUGGAUAGCUCUGCUUCAUUGUUCAAGUUCUGGAGUUGUUUCAGCAGCAGCCAAAAUGUCCUGUGUAGGAUUUUAUGUUGCCUGCCUAUAUAGGACAGAUAUUUUUAUUACACUAUUUCAUAAAAUCUAUCUUUCUGAGAUGGUCCAGAAACCAAUAAUAAGUAAUCAGAUAUACAUCUCACUGGAAAAGUAUGAAUCUGGGCUAACAGCCUGGAUGGAAUAGUUUUCUCAUCUGUGUAGUGGAAAGGUUCCAGUCUUUCUAUUCCCAAAUGAUCUGCUUUGGCUUAAAUAACAUUCAUUUCCAUGCUUCUUCUUCUUUUCUUUUUUUUGCUUGCUUCUGCUUUCAGUAUAUGUUUCAGAUUUUAUUUUGUAUAACUGUUUUAAGGCUGUAUUGUGUUUUAGGUUGUUAAUAAACAUAUUAACAAAAUUAUUUACAAAGAAAAAUUAAAUACA